CUGUUUUUUCGUCAACCCGCAGGCUUAUAACUUUCCGUCAGAACAUGCCUCCUCCUGAUAGGUGGCUGGAUUAUUCCAAUGUAGGAAAAGUUAUUCCAGGAACUAACAUUGUUUGCUUCAAAGUACCACUGAAAAAUGGACUGUUGCGACAGGUUCCACCAGAAAUGUGGUUCACACCCAAAAAUUUGAUAGACAACAUGGAGAAGGAAUGCCAUAAACUUGUAAUGGUCAUAGAUCUCACUUUCACCACAAAAUACUAUUUUAAAGAUGAAUUCACUAAAAAUGGAGUUGAACACCUGAAAGUGUUUACAGAGGGCCAUGUGAUACCUAGUGAUGAUAUAGUACACAGAUUCUUUGAUGCUGUUGAAACAAAAAAAUAA